AACCUUUUUAUCUAAUAACUAGAGACUUGCGGAGACGAAAGUAGUUUGGUUCUCCUCUUUCUUCUUCCACUGCUUUAGCGUCUCGUGGAGAGAGUAUUUAUAAAGGCGAGCACACGCUGUUAAAAAGAGGCUUCCUUUCUUAACCACACACGAGUGACAAUGGCAGCGGUAUCUGUUUCAACUCGAUUCCUUGUUCUUCUCCAAGAUUUUUCAGCCUUCAGAAAGAUAUCAUGGCGUUCUGCUGCAGCUAACUACCACCGCCAAUCACGUCUCUUAUGCCACGUUGCGAAAGAAGAUGGUUCUCUUACUCUUGCAAGCCUUGAAUUAGGGAACAACAGCCCAAGGAGAUCAGGGAAGAGUAAGGCGAUGAAGCUUGAGGGAAGCUUUGUAAGAGCAGCAACGAACGAUAGAAUGAAAGUGGUGAAGGAGAAGAAACCAGCUGAGAUAGUGUCUCCUUUGUUUUCUGCAAAGUCAUUUGAGGAGCUUGGCCUGCCAGAUUCAUUGCUAGACAGCUUGGAAAGAGAAGGUUUCUCUGUCCCAACAGAUGUCCAAUCCGCAGCUGUCCCUGCGAUUAUCAAAGGUCAUGAUGCGGUGAUUCAGUCUUACACAGGAUCCGGCAAAACCUUAGCUUAUCUGCUUCCGAUAUUAUCAGAGAUCGGUCCACUCUCAGGGAAAGCUAAGAGCGGUGAGAAGAGAGCAGAGAUUCAAGCAAUGAUCGUGGCUCCAUCGAGAGAACUCGGUAUGCAGAUAGUAAGAGAGGUGGAGAAGCUCCUCGGACCUGAUCACCGUAGAAUGGUUCAGCAGUUGGUAGGUGGUGCGAACCGGAUGAGGCAAGAAGAGGCGCUCAAGAAGAACAAACCGGCUAUCGUUGUUGGCACUCCCGGGAGGAUUGCGGAGAUAAGCAAAAGCGGGAGGUUGCACACUCACGGGUGUAGAUUCUUGGUGCUGGACGAAGUGGAUGAGCUUUUAUCUUUCAACUUCCGAGAAGAUAUCCAUCGGAUUAUUGAGCAUGUGGGAAGGAGAGCUGGUGCUGGUCCGAAAGGAGAAGUUGAUGAACGUGCUAACCGGCAGACCAUUCUUGUCUCUGCGACUGUGCCCUUCUCGGUUAUUCGAGCAGCUAAGAGCUGGAGUCACGAGCCUGUUCUGGUCCAAGCCAACAAAGUCACUCCUCUUGACACCGUUCAACCAACUGCACCGGCUAUCAGCUUAACUCCCACAACUUCUGAAGCUGACGGCCAGAUUCAGACUACCAUCCAGAGCCUACCUCCAGCGCUAAAACACUUCUACUGCAUCUCAAAGCAUCAACACAAAGUCGACGCCCUGAGGAGAUGCGUCCACGCCCUUGAAGCCCAGUCCGUUAUAGCUUUCAUGAACCACUCAAAGCAGCUCAAAGACGUGGUCUACAAACUCGAAGCACGUGGUAUGAGCUGCGCCGAGCUGCAUGGGGAUCUCGGGAAGCUAGGGAGAUCAACGGUUCUGAAGAAGUUCAAGAACGGGGAAGUCAGAGUGCUCGUGACUAACGAGCUCUCUGCUCGGGGUCUUGACGUUGCGGAAUGUGAUCUGGUGGUGAAUCUUGAACUCCCAACGGACGCGGUUCACUACGCGCAUAGAGCUGGGAGGACGGGGAGGCUGGGAAGGAAAGGGACGGUGGUUACAGUGUGUGAGGAGUCGCAAGUGUUUAUAGUGAAGAAGAUGGAGAAGCAGCUUGGUUUGCCUUUCGAGUAUUGUGAGUUUGUUGAUGGAGAGCUUGUUGUCACUGAGGAAGAUAAAGCUAUUAUAAGGUGAAAAAGGAACUAAAGAAAUGUAAUUUUGCUUCUGCUUCCUCUAGUUUUCAGAUAUAACCUAAACUCAGAGUGUUGACCUUUCAUAAUUUUUUUCCUUAUAUCCUAAACAUAUUCAUAUU